CUCAUACGUACACUCCAUUUCUCUCUCGCCCCCACUCGCUCUCUUUUUCUCUGUCCCCCAACGGAUUUUGAGUUCAGAAGAACCAGAUUCCUGGGGAGAGGGGCAGAUGCAUCGUUUUACUUGGACAUCAAAGCUAUGGGGAAGUUCUGGAAAUAUGUCUGACAAAAUCUCACCUGAGAACCUUCUCAACAACCUCAUGGACACAUUCACUGAGAGGCGGAAACCUGUCUCAUUCUUUGAUGGAGAGAGUUCAUACUCUGUGAACUCUCAGUUUAGGAGACUGUUUGGACGUCAGAGGCCUGUGCACCAUCUUUUAGGGGGUGGAAAAACUGCUGAUGUCUUGUUAUGGAGGGACAAGAAGAUUUCUACUAGUGUUUUAACUAGUGCAACAUCUGUAUGGGUGCUUUUUGAAUGGCUUAAUUAUCAUCUCCUGACUCUUUCAUGCCUCGCUCUGGUUCUUGUUAUGGUUGUGCAGUUUAUUUGGUCAAAUGCUUCAGGCUAUUCUAGCAGUGUGCCAUCUAAAGUACCCCGCCUUGUUCUCCCAGAAGAUUUCUUUGUCAACAUUGCAACAACAGCUGGUGCUGAGGUUAACCGAGGUUUGAGGUUUCUUCAAGAUGUUUCUUGUUCAGGAAACUUGAAGCAAUUUCUUGUUGUUGUUGGAAGCUUGAUGGCCGCGGCUGUGAUUGGAGGCUGGUGCAAUUUCCUCACUGUCAUUUAUAUUGGUUUUGUGGCUGCACAUACACUCCCUGUUCUGUAUGAAAGGCAUGAGGAUGAAGUCGACAAAUUUGUGUACAAAGCUCUUGAUGAAAUGCAGAACCGAUUCCGGAACCUCGAUGCCGGUCUUCUCAGCAGGAUCUCCAAGGGAAAGCUCAAGGGAAAGAAGCAUGAUUAGAUUGCUAGUAAUGCUUUUCUGGUUUUAACUUGAAUAAGUUGUAUUUAAUAUUCUGUUUCAAUAUAUUGUGCUGGAUGCUGUUUCUGCUUCUGUUUCUUAGUCUUUGACUUGGAAGGGAGGCUUCAUUGUUUGUGAAGGCAGUUGCGAGAAAGAAAUUUAGUCUCCUAAUUAUCUGUCAUGAAUGAACUUCGUGUGUUUUCUCAUGGCAUAAUUCAGAUUUCCUCAGAUCUUCAUGUGCA